AUGGAUAACAUUAACGCGCUCAUAGCUAAUUACUUCGAUUCAAUAAUAAUGGAGCGGUUCGACAAAUUCAUGAAUAAAAGAAAAUCAAAAUCUCCAGAGAUCUUUGAUUUUGCUCGUUUUUGUAUUAAAACAUAUACAGGUCAAACAAUUUCUGUAUUCUUUACUGAAUAUAUUAAAUCCAAGUUCAAUGAAAAUGAUAGAACCCAGAUCAAUGAAGAUAUCAGACAAUUUACAAAAUCUUGUAAUGAUAGUUAUCGCGCAAUAAAUACAAAUUACCAUAUUGAUGAAUUCUUUACAAAGUUAUAUUUAGAAAGGUCAAAUUAUCAAGGUAAAAACAUUUCUGAUUUCAAAAAGCAAUUCUUCAGUACAAUUAGCUCUUUCAAAAAAGAGUACAAAGAACUUCCACCAUAUAUCCUUGAGAAAUUCUACGAGAUUAUAAAUAGCUUUGAAAACAUCAAACCAACCCUAAAUACACAAACAUCAGCAGUUCAGCAAGCAACUAUUGAUACCAAUCCUCCAGUUAUAUCUAAUCCUCAAGACGACACUAAUUCUCAAGAAAACGCUAAUUCUCAAUUUGACGAAUCAGAUAUUCUAGAAUAUCUACCAGAUUUCGAUGAAAAUGAUUCUGAUUUCUAUAAUUUUUAG